AUGAUUUACCCCUUCACUCUAUUUUUAGUGAGUGGAUAUGCAUCAAUGCCAUCAUCUCCAUUUCCAAUGCAAUUACAACCGAGGAGAGAAGGAAGUACAACAAGUGGAAGUAGUGGAGGAGGAAUUAGAAAACAACGAGUUGUCGUGCUUCCCCGACAACAGCCACCUCCUCCACCAUCGAAUGGAAAUGUACAGUAUGAUGAUAGUUCAACGAUCUACGAGGGAUCCAACAACUCAUUCCUUGCUGCAACCGGACAACGCUACGAGUAUAACUAG